AUGACCGAACACGAAAUAGCGGGAGGAACCGAAGAGGAGACUCCGGUUAAGACUAGAGGACGAUCGACGUCGCGAAUCGUCAGCGAAUCCGCGACAAAAACUUCUCUUACACGGAACAGAACCGCGAGCACAAAUCGAUUGUCCGGAACGCCAAGAAAGAGAACCAGAAGUUUAAAUCCCGGUAGCGCGGCUGAGAGCAGCAGCGACGUCGACGAGCGGAAACGGUCGCCCUUGCGACUCGCCAUCGAACGUGACGUCGAGAGAAUUCAGUUUCCUUCGGUCGAGGCGAGCGAGCCAAAUAAAUCCCACGCGUUCUCUCCGAUCGCGGAUCUGGAACUGGAGGACCGAGCGGAGCCGAAGCGGAGAUCGGAGAAGCAACCCGUCGCGAGCGUGCUCGUCGAGAACGAAAACGCGACGAGGAGUCAUCGGGAGAGUGCGAAUGAAACGGGAAUUGGGAAAGAAAACGUGCCUGAAGCGAGAAAGGACGCGAGUUCGAGAAAGAUCGGUUCAGAUGUCGGAAGUUCGAACGUUCUGAGGAAAGUAUCCGCUCCCAGCGCGUCGCAGAGUCCUCGCGUCGCGAAGCGGAAGGGCCUGGACAGGAACGCGAUCUUGGCCAGGGUCAAAAGCCUCGCGACUGCGUCGGGGACUGCGAAGGGGCAACGAAACAUCGAGGACUUCUUCAGGACGGACAAACCUAGGGAGCCGGCGUCCCAGAUACUCGCCAACUCGCAGAAGAUGGUGGAGAUUCGGCGGAAACUGGAGGAGAUGAAACAGCGAGACGUCGGCCAGGACGGGACGAGUAGAAGCGACGUCGUAAAGCAACCGUCUCGAGAAGAAGCGAGGAGGAAGCUUCAGAAGAAGCCGAGACCGAAGCAGCCAAGUUCAGCCGCGAAAGAGGUGAACAGAGCCUUUCUGGUGAACGGACUGGUGUACAAGAAGCCUCGACUUCCUCGGCCUAGGAGGUGGAUCACCGAUCGACUUUAUCGGUACCUUUGGAAGCUGAUGGAACCGAAGUACAAGAUGGAGACUAGAGUGGUCUCGGAGAGGUUCGUUCGCCACUUGACGGACACAACGAAGCUCAUCGAGAAACAGAAGUCGUACCUGCAGUACAAGGCGGAGCUGCACGCUCUGAUGAAGGAAAUGGCGCGGCUGGGGAUCGUGCGCACGCGUUGCGAGUUCUACAACUUCUGCCACGACUUUCUCCCGUACGACCUCCGCGUGAAAAUGGUGCCUAUGCUGCUGCCGGGCAACAGGAGGAACAUCCCCUUCGAAGCGAGCAAGCUGCACGAGCCCAUUCUGCGUGCGCGUUGA